GGAGUCCCGCCGCCCGCGGCGCCCGAGCUGGGGCCAGACCCAGGUCCUGACCCGAGCGAACCGGCGUGGAGUUCGAGCCCGGAGAGCUUAGCCCCAGGUCGAGCCGCCGCAACAGGUGGCGGGGGGACCCCGCAGCGGGGCGGAGAGGGACUGGCCCGCGGCCACCGGCGCGUCUUCCCGCCGCCGCUCCUGGUGCGGCCAGGAAGGAGGGCACCCACCCCGGGGAGCCCCUGUCCGCGGGUACCCCGGGUCUCUGCGGCUGAGUUCUGGGGUCCCCUCGGGGUGCCGUCCGGCCGGCUGGUGCGCACGAUAUCGGCCCCAGCCAGAGCUGAAGCGUUGCGGCAUGGCGCGCGGCUGCCUCCAGGGUGUCAAGUACCUCAUGUUCGCCUUCAACCUGCUCUUCUGGCUGGGUGGCUGCGGCAUCCUGGGGGUCGGCAUCUGGCUGGCCGCCACGCAGGGCAACUUCGCCACGCUGUCCUCCUCCUUCCCGUCCCUGUCGGCCGCCAACCUGCUCAUCGUCACCGGCACCUUCGUCAUGGCCAUCGGCUUCGUGGGCUGCAUCGGGGCCAUCAAGGAGAACAAGUGCUUGCUGCUCACGUUCUUCGUGCUGCUGCUGCUGGUGUUCCUGCUGGAGGCCACCGUCGCCAUCCUCUUCUUCGCCUACAGCGACAAGAUUGACAGGCACGCGCAGAUGGACCUGAAGAAGGGCCUGCACCUGUACGGCACCCCAGGCAACGUGGGGCUCACCAACGCCUGGAGCAUCAUCCAGACCGAUUUCCGCUGCUGCGGCGUCUCCAACUACACGGACUGGUUCGAGGUCUACAAUGCCACCCGCGUGCCCGACUCCUGCUGCCUGGAGUUCAGCGAGAGCUGCGGGCUGCACGCCCCCGGUACCUGGUGGAAGGCGCCGUGUUACGAGACGGUGAAGAUGUGGCUCCAGGAGAACCUGCUGGCUGUGGGCAUCUUCGGGCUGUGCACGGCGCUGGUGCAGAUCUUGGGCCUGACCUUCGCCAUGACCAUGUACUGCCAGGUGGUGAAGGCCGACACCUAUGCGUAGGCCCGCCUCCGCGCUUCGCUGCCAAAGGACGCCGCCCACCCCGAGAGGACCCGUCCGCUCAGGCCCCUGCGCCCGCCUGGGUGUGGGGGAGGGGGGGGCGGGUGGCGGAGUCCCUGGGACCCCCGGCCAGGCCCCUGAGCACCCUGCUGCAGGGGGCAGCUGAGCGCUGGCUACACUCGGGGGCUGGGGCAGAGGGGCUCAUGGUGCCUUUUAGUUCCCACGCCUGU